AUGGCUUGUCAUGGAGUCCAGAGGUCCAAAGCUCAGCUGGAGCUGGCUUCCAGAACCUGGUUCUAUGUGGUCCUGUUUGCUCUUGUCUUCAUCCCUGUCCUGACCAAAGCCUUGCAUGUGACCCAGCCUGCAGUGGUGCUGGCCAGCAGCCGGGGUGUGGCCAGCUUUAUGUGUGAAUAUGAGUCUUCACAGCACACUUACGAGGUCCGGGUGACCGUGCUGCGGCAGAUAAACGGCCAGAUGACUGAGGUGUGUGCCACGACCUACACAGUGCAGGAUGAGUUGACCUUCCCAGAUGACCCCGUCUGCACUGGCACUUCUAGUGCCAGCACAGUGAACCUCACCAUCCAAGGACUGAGGGCUGCUGACAGCGGGCGCUACUUCUGCCAGGUGGAACUCAUGUACCCGCCACCAUACUUUGUGGGCAUGGGCAAUGGAACCCAGAUUUAUGUCAUUGAUCCAGAGCCGUGCCCAGACUCUGACUUCCUCCUGUGGAUCCUUGCGGCCGCGAGUUCGGGGUUGUUCUUUUACAGUUUCCUCAUCACCACUGUGUCUUUGAGCAAAACGCUAAAGAAAAGAAGUCCUCUUACAACAGGGGUCUAUGUGAAAAUGCCCCCAACAGAACCAGAAUGUGAAAAGCAAUUUCAGCCUUACUUUAUUCCCAUCAACUGA